AUCGGUUAACAUUACACAUAUGACCAAAUCUAGGGUUAAGGGUUUUGUAUAUAGCGACUCAAAAAUCUCUCCUUCUGUGUCUCGCGCAUCUCUUACUGCCGUUUCAGCUUCAACAGCUUCCCUGAGAAAGAGCUUUCAAUCAUGGCGGAGCAGACUGAGAAGGCAUUUUUGAAGCAACCCAAGGUGUUUCUAUGUUCAAAGAAAUCUGGGAAGGGAAAGAGGCCUGGAAAGGGUGGAAAUCGAUUCUGGAAAAGCGUCGGCUUGGGUUUCAAGACUCCCAGAGAAGCUAUUGAAGGAACUUAUAUUGAUAAGAAAUGCCCCUUCACUGGAACUGUGUCUAUCAGGGGUCGAAUCUUAGCUGGAACUUGCCACAGUGCCAAGAUGAUGAGGACCAUUAUUGUCCGCCGGAAUUACCUUCAUUUUAUAAAGAAAUACCAAAGAUAUGAAAAGAGACAUUCAAAUAUUCCAGCACACAUAUCUCCAUGUUUCCGUGUGAAAGAAGGAGAUCAUGUUAUUAUUGGGCAAUGCAGACCACUAUCAAAGACUGUUAGAUUCAAUGUGCUUAAGGUGAUUCCUGCUGGAUCUUCUGGCGGUGGCAAGAAGGCCUUCACAGGAAUGUGAGUUUUGACAAUGAUGUUUUUCAGGCGAGUGUUACAGUCACAAUGGAUUUAGGGUAAUCUGGUUAUGUAAAAGCAGAUUUUGGAAGUCUUGAACAGCAUCUAGGUUUGACAUUGGAUGCUUCUAUUUUUUCGCCCUUCUCAGAUUAUUGAUUAAAUUAUGGAUUAUUGAAGAUACUCUCUACUUCAUUUUUUUUUUGGUAAUGUGGAAAUUUGUUGCUUAAUAAAGUAUGUCCAGUGAGUGGAUUAACACAUUUUUUGGUAAGAAAAACUAGGUAUUGGAUGAACAUGCAUUGUUUAGAGAGAUUCAUUUUUAUAUAUGUUGAUUAAAACA